AUGAAUCCCACUCGUCCUCCUGUGCUAGUCGUAGGCGCUGGGCCAGCUGGUUUGGUAUCAGCGUUAACACUUCUCCAGAACGGCAUCCCGGUUCGCAUCAUCGAUAAAGAUUCCAAUCCUCGCAUGGGACAGCGUGGUCCUGGAAUCUGGCCACGCUCCCUCGAACUCUUCAACUUUCUAGACGUCCCAGAAGUCAACGACCUGGGGAAACCCUCCCCCAUAAUGCGUACAUACAAGCUCUGGACGUUGGAACCUCUAACGGAAUUUUCGAUGACCCCGUCUAUAGAACCUACUUCUACGAUACCAUUCCACGUUCCAAAGCUGAUAGGUCAACAACUACUAGAUGUGAUUCUGCGACGCCACCUUGAAAAAUUCUCGUGCUCUGUCGAGAUGGGCACCGAACUGCGUUCGUUUGAGCUGUCCGACGAAGGUGUCACAGCUGUUCUGGCAAAGAACGGCACAUUAGAGACCUUCGAUGCUAAGUGGGUGAUCGGCGCUGACGGUGCUAAAAGUGUCGUGCGUAAACAGCUUGGGCUUACAUUCUUGGGCGAGACUAGAGACAAUGUUCGAAUGGUCAUGGGAGAUAUUCGUUUACAUGGCGUUGGUCUUGAUAGAACGGUGCACGAAAUUGGCGAGGAUGGCUGGCAAUUUAUGAUCUCUGCUCCCGAUGUUGACCUGACAAAGCUCGCUCAGAGUGAGAAGUUAAUCAUGGAGAUCAUCGCACCGUUGUUACCAACGGUGGUUACGUUCAACAAAGUCGUCUGGGUGAGCGAGUACAGGGCCAAUAUCCGCAUGGUAAACAAGCUUAGCGAGGGCCGAGGAUUUGUUGUGGGUGAUGCUGCUCAUGUUCAAAGUCCAGCUGGUGGUCAGGGACUUAAUUCAGGUAUACAAGAUGCUUUCGAUUUAGGUUGGAAACUUGCACUCGUCGAAAAAGGGCUCGCCGACAAGUCUCUUCUCGAGACGUAUAAUGCCGAGCGUUUGUCUCUUGUCUCCGAGAUGCUCGAGAGGACCACCACGAUUUUCAACCAGGUACUAAAGACAGAAAACAUGGUCUCCCAACGAAGUCCCAUCCUUUUCAUGCUUGGUAUCAAUUGCCGGUUCAGUAACAUCGUCCUCGAUGAAUUUGCAAUUCCAGGAAAGCCUAUUAAUGCCUACGGGGUGCUUGACGAGGGGAAUCUGGAGGCUGGAGACAGGGCGCCUGAUGCACCGAAUAUGUUGCAGGUGGGGUGCGGAGAGUCUGUUGUGAAGACGCUUUUUGGUCUUUACAGACCGUCGUAUCACAUAGUACUUGUGUUCGCGUCGGGUCUCGCAGGCGCUACCCCAAUCUUGGGUGCACUGGAGGCAUACGCCAGAAGCGUUGUGCGAUCGGCAGUCGUUCUGCCUUCAUCUGCAACAGGCGUCGCUGUCGCAUCUCCUGCUGACCUCGUUCUUAUCGGUCAGGAGGGCCAUGCUUGUUCAGCUUACCUCGUGGAAGCUGAUCAGACGAAAGUGUUUGUGAUACGGCCAGACGGGGUGAUUGGGGCGAUCGUACAUGGUGUAGAAGGGGUGAAGAAGUAUUUCUCGGGAAUAUUUUUAAGCGUGGUGUAG